CACUCAGAAAGAAGAGUAAUUACCUGGUGAUAUUUUUUUUCAGCUUUGAAAAAAAUGAGUAAGAGUAUUCAGGAACUAAGAGAAGCGUUGCAAAGACAAGCUCAAGAAACCAUGAAACUCCAGGAAGAAGCAACAAAGUUCUCGGCAGACUCCAUGUCACGUCGGGAAGGGGCUUCUUCUCCGUCCACCAUGGCCAACCCAAGCCUUUCUGCCUCAUUCACGAGCAGCCGAAACCCACCGCCUCCCAGUACGCGCAGUGCAGCGAUGGAGAGUUCCGUUUGUUCUGCUGAUGCUGUUGCCGGUAGCCCUCCAAAAAUGUAUAGUAAUCAUGAACUGGAUGUCGAGAGUCAGAAGAAACCUCCUAAAUACUCAGGGAACGAACCUACUGAGACCAUCCUGAAAGAAUAUUCCCAGCAAGUCAGAAAUCUGCAGAAGAGGCUGAGUGAAUCUACAGAACAACACGAGCAACAGACCUUCACUUUAAGACAGACAAUAAUUGAGUUGCAGACAAGCCUUCGAGACGCGAUAAAGGAGAAAGACUCGAUUAUGGAUCUCAGGCGAAGAGAAUCCCAGACCCAAGAGGACUUCAACUGCAAAAUGAAAACUUCACUCAGUGACCUGCAAACUGCCAAUCAGAUCCAGGAGGAAAUGCUAAAGGAAGCCAAUAAUCAAAUAGAACAUCUGAAAAUGAUGCUACAAGGCCAUGAUAAUGUGCUUCAGGAACUCCAGAAUGUUCUCACGAUCUAUGAGAAAAAUUCAGGCAAGAAGAUCUAUGAACCGGAGAGUGUCUCCAGUCUCCACGUCUACAGUCUGCCCACUGCUUUGAGCAAACUCCUACAAGAGUUAGAGGCAGUAGUGUCACACCUCAGAGGGAGGGUUGCCCUACUGGAAGAACAAUUGGAAAUAGUGGAAAAAGAAUCACAGUCCAAAACUGAAACUUUGCUUCAACAGCAUCAAGAGAGCCUUGAGAGGUUGAUCGGCGAACAUGAACGGGAAUUGGAAGCGCUGAGUGAAAACGUCAGUGCUUCCCACAGCCAUGCGAGAAGUGUUCAAAGCCAGAUGGAAAUCAUUCAAGAGCAAGCAAAAAAUCAGAGUUCCUUGUAUACGCGCCAGAUUAGUCAGCUGGAAAGCACUGUGUCCCAAUUGCGUUCUGAGCUGCGAGAAGCCAGGAGAAUGUCACAGGACAAGGUUUGUGCAAAAAGCAUAUUGCUGUCCAAUGAUGAAACCGUACUUAUGUUUUGUGAUUCUAAAUGCAGUUUAUAUCAGUUUCUUCAGAAACAGAUAUAAGGACUACAUAAGAAGGAGCUGGAGCUCAGCCUGGAAACGGAGCAGAAUAAGCGGCUCUGGGACCGGGACACCGGCAGCAGCAUCACCAUCGACCAUUUGCGGCGGGAACUGGACAACAAGAACAUGGAACUGCAGCGCAUGGAUUCUCUUGUGAAGUCCAUGAAAACGGAGUGCGAGGAGCAAAUGGAACGGCAGAUGUCUGCCAUCCGAGAAAAGAAUGAAAGUGUAGAAAAAGUGGCCUCCCUCGCCGCCCUGCAAGAGUCCACCAAAGAUACGCUCCGUAAAGUUAUGGAAGAACUCGCGGAAAAGAAGACACGGUUGGAGGCGGCAGAGAGGCAAGUGGCUGAGUUGACCUCCUGUCUGCAAGAGAAGGAAAAAGUCAUCGAGUCGACCAACGCUGAGAUCGAAAAGCUCCACGGGCGGGUGGACAGCAAGCUGGAGGAGCUCCAGCAACUGAAGAAGGAAAGUGAACACCUGCGAAGCGUGCAGUCCGAGUGCGAGUCAUUGAAGCUGCAGCUGACGGAAAAGGAGAAAGUGAUUGAGAUUCUACAAAAGCAAAUUGAGAACAUGACGCAGAUUGUAGACCAACACAGCCGGGCAGUCGGUGCCAUGGAGACGGAGAAAUCCCAUCUUUUGAAAGAAGUGAAUGAGAAGAAACUGGAGGUCCAUGAACUAAAGAUUUUGCAGGACAAGAAAGACAGCGAGAUCCGUGAGUUGGAGGCCAGCUUAAGCGAAAUGGAAUUGGAACGGGUGAAAUUGAUGAAUGCAAACUCUGAGAAGCUCCGGGUGAUAAAGGAGAUGACGCUGGAAAGAGAAGAGCUUGUGACUGAAGUGAGAGCCGGUCGAAUUGAGCUCGCGACACUUGCAGAGGAAUCUGAAGAUGUAAGGACUGAUUACCGAGAAAAAACGGAAGAGAUGGAAGCUAUGGUCAACAAACUGAAGUUGCAGCUAAAAUCUGCCCAAAUUGAACUGGAACAAACCAGAGGCACCUUGAAGACGAUGGAGGGGUCUGAUGGCCACGCAAUGAAAGUUGCAAUGGGGAUGCAGAAGCAAAUCACAGCCAAACGAGGACAGAUAGAUGCUUUGCAGAGCAAGAUCCAGUUCUUGGAGGAUGCAAUGGCCAGCGCAACGAAGGAGAAGCAUUAUCUGAAAGAAGAAAGAAAUAAACUUUGCCGGGAACUUAGCUGCCUCGCUGCUUUGAACAACAAAAUGUCAGGAGAACUGGAAAUCCUAAAGGCACAGGAUAAACGUUUGAAAGAAAAACUGGCCACAGUGGAAGCAGCUCUGGAUAAGGCAUCGAUGCAGUUUGCAGAAUGUCAGUGCAUUAUGCAGCAACAGGAACAAGAGGUUAUGCGCUGUAAACUUCAACACAAGUUGGAUGUCAAAGAGCUGCAAGGGCCAGGAUAUGCUCUGGGCAUCACUUCGUUGAAGCCACGUUAUUCCACUUUGCCUUAUUCCCACCCGUCUAGUGCUUCAGCAUCCCAAUCAUUUGCCGGCCACAUCUCUCAGGUAUCAUCCCGAAGCAGCUCUACUAAGGAGGACCCAUUGCGAGAUUUAAAACUACUUCUUCAAGAACUACGUAGUACAGUGGACGAAAUCCCUUCUGUGAUUUUAACGGACAGAGAAAGUGACCAUGACACUGACUCAGUGCUAGAAGGCGCCAGCAGUCUAUUUGACCGUACAAGCAGAGAGUGUAUCGGCAGAAGAGCACAUGAAACUUACAGUAGGGAGGCGGCAGUCCGAGAUUUACCUUCCGAUGGCAUCGCGGGGCAAGAUACUUUUGGCAGGGAACCUUCAACGUUACACAGUGCAGACCUUGAAGAUCACGAUUCAACACUCUCUUUUACAUCUAGUGUGCCCCAAGCAAUCUUCAGUUCAACUCCUCGUUAUACUUCUUCCAAGAAACUUUCCCCAGAGGAGAGGAGCCAAGGAAGGUCUCCUGUACACUCUCUGCUCACUUCUUCACCGGAUGACCUUAAGGCCACUUCUGCACCUUCUUCGGAACGCCGAUCAAGUCUGAAGAAGAGUUGCUCCCCAGAAGCCGCCACCUCAUCGUCUGCCAGAAAUGUAUCUUUCAGUGCCAGUUCUUUUAUGCAUACAGAGGAAGCCAAUGGAAACACAUGCAGGAAACUACAGAACAAGAUGGAGAGCCUGCAGAACCGUGUAGAAACAAUGCAGUUGAAAAACCAAGCCAUGUCUACAAUGAUCAGAUGCCAAGAAAAGAAGAUUGAGCAAGCCAAAGAGAAGGAGAAGAAGCUGUCCAAAUGAAACGUGAUAUGUUUAAUUGCUUCAAAAGGAAUGUUAAAA